AUGCUCUUUGGUAAAGGCGACGCAGCGUUCUUCAGGGUGGAUCUUCCAAACAGUGGGGACGUGGUUCUGAACAAACCUCUGGAUUACGAGAGCAGGACUCAGCUGCAGGUGACCAUCUGGGCUCAGGAAGCGAACACUGCAGAGAAGUUCAAUACGUCCACUGUCCUCAUCGUCAACAUCGAGGACGGAGACGACCAGUACCCUCACUUCCUGCCCUGCACACCUGUGUCUCCAGGUGUUCCUGUCUGCAUGAACCCCACCUACACCGCCAACAUCACACACAAACACCAGGACGGUGUGGUGGAGUUUUCUCCUGGACCUAUCAGAGCAGAGGAUGGAGACCGAGGAAUCAACACCUCUCUGAUCUACAACAUCCUGUCAGGUGACGACCGGGGCAGGUUUGUGAUCAACAACAGGACAGGUGAGCUCAGGUUAACUAGAGCGGUGAACGACCGACGACUGGAGACGAACUUCACACUCAGCAUCAUGGUGUAUCAGGAGGAUGACCGGCUGAAGUACAGCGUGGCGUCAGUUCUGAUCCGGGUUCUCAGUGAGAAUGCGUUCCCGCCGGUCUUCAACAGAACCACCUUCAAAGGUUUCAUCAUCCAGAGCUCUAGCCCCGCCUCCAUCGUCUCCACCUACGGGAACCAGGUGUUACAGAUCCAGGUGUUGGAUCGUGACUUCCCUGACGGCCUGAAUCCAAACAUCCACUACUCCCUCCACCCCCCGUCCGGACUGUACCAAGUCACCCAGGGCGGGGUCCUGAUUGCCAGGACGGACCGCCUGCACGCCUUUGACAGACACAUACUGCAGGUCGUCGCCAGAGACGAAGAAUCAGGAGAAGAAGCUUCAGCUUCAGUUGACAUUGAAGUUCUGCAGAGAGGACAGACAGUCCCUCGUGGUGCGUUCACGGAGCAGCAGUUGUUCGGAGACGUGGACAGCAGACUGGCUGGAGGCAUUGCAGUGAUGAUGGUGCUCCUGUUUCUCUCGGCUCUUCUGUUGGUGCUGCUGCGCACCGUGAGGAGAAGGCGACUACAACCAACCUCUGGCGAUCCCGCCAGUGUUGCCCUCGGGAAACAUCCCAAUGUGGGGUCCGACGAGUCGUCAUUCAGCAACAGAGCUUUCAGUCAUCACUAUGAGUCUUCAUCACAGUCACAGAGUCUUCACGGCCGACAGGGUGUCUACACCAGGAAACACUCUCUGCCUCCUCUUCCUCCUCCUUCAUCAUCAUCGAACAUCAUCAGGCGUCCCACAGGAAGACUCACGUUUCACUCUGACCUGUUUCCUGUCUCAGAGAGUCCACCUGCAGCUGUCCUCACUCUACCUGUCCAGUCCACAGGUGUUCACACUGAUGACAUCACACUACCUGUUCAGUUCACAGGUGUUCACAGUGAUGACAUCAUCACAGCAGAGACUCUUCCAACAGACCACAACAUCAAAACAGACCAAUCAGAGGACCCGUACAGGACCAUCUGUCCAUCUGAGGACAUCUCAGAGGACAUGGACACAUCACUGCAGCCAAUCACAGAACAGAUCUGACACAACUCACAGCCAAUCACAGAACAGAUCUGACACAACUCACAGCCAA